AAGGAAUAGUUCCUGUUUGAACCUUGUCUGCACAAUAUCGAAUCAAGUUCAAGAAAGUAGAGAUGAAUUACGCAAUCUCAUUCCCAGUGUUUUUACAGUUAAACUUGAUCUUUCUAUAGGAAUAAAACAUCAUUUACGGAAUCUUUCAUUAGACAUCCAAAGCAAUUACCUACAUCAUAAACUUUAACCUCUUCAGAAUAUUGGAGAAUCAAUAUCUAGCAUCUAAUGUUGUACCAAGGAUAACUCACUGGGAUGUCGCCAUAACUAGCUGCAGGUACUGCUAUUUAUUUCUAAGAGAAGGAAACGAAAAAUCAGAAAGUACUGUAGGGAGCGAAAUAGGUCUGACAAUCCUGUGUUGAUGGUGUAAUUGUUGCUCUCACAAAAAGAUUAAACAGAAUUACUACAACUCAAGUAGAAUAAGGAUGACCAACUAUUUUUCCAAAAUUACGAGCAUCUUUACAAAUAAAAUAUGUUUCUUUAUCUUCAAAAAGUAAUGACUUGAAAAAAGAACAACAGUUCAAAUGAUAUUCUGGUGGACCUUGUCUGUAGGGUGUCUUAUGCAGCUUUCACUAGAGAUGGCAAACGAUUUUUAAUAUAAAAAACUCAAACUUGGGAAAAUACUGGUGAGAAAAAAAAAUUCAGUGAAAUGUUUGAGAUGCCAUCACUUUAAGUACUUAUUGAGAAUUAUAGUUAGCAGUAGAGUUAGUUAAUUUUCUUAUUAGUUGUUAGUCACAUAGUUAGUUAGUUAAGUCACAUGGUUAGUUAGUUAGUUGGUUAUAUUGUUAGUUAGUUUUAAUCACAUUUUUUUCUUCUUCUUUGAUAAGUCUAGAAACUUCCAAAAUUACAUGUAUAUAAUGGAAGAGUAGUCAUAGAUGAAAGGUAAGAUGAUUGAAAGGAAAACAGAUUGCUUCUCUCUUCUUCUUCUUUUUCCUCUCUACAAUGGCUGUUAGCUCAUUGCAUCAGUGAAGUCGUUGGAGCCAUUGGAGCUCUUAACUCACUGUAUCAGUGUGUUCUUGUUAUGGUAUCAGAGCAGGGGUAGAUUCUUUCGUUUUUGUAUCUGUAGGAUCUGUGUUUGAUCCUAAUUUUGUAUCCAAAUUCAUUAGUUUGCCAUGACAGAAGUCACAAGUCAAACAACUGCUACUAGAAUUGAUAUGAAUACUGUGUUCUAUGUUCAUCCUUCAGACAAUCCAGGAACACCACUCGUUCCAGCUCAAUUUGAUGGAGUUGGAUAAAGAUCAUGGAGAAGAGGUAUCUUACGAGCUCUGUCUGUGAAGAAUAAGACAGGUUUUAUUGAUGGAAGUUGUGUAAAGCCAGCUGAAAAUUCACCACAAGCUCGUCAAUGGCAGAGAUGUGAUGAUAUGGUAACUUCAUGGAUAUUGAAUUCUCUUACCAAAGAGAUUGCAGAUAGUGUUGAAUAUGUUAACAAUUCGUGUGAGCUUUGGAAGGAGCUAGAAGACAGAUAUGACCAGACAAAUGGUGCAAAAUUAUAUCAGAUUCAAAAGGAGAUUGAUGAUUUAACACAGGGAACACUAGACAUCACUGUCUAUUAUACAAAAUUGAAGAAGCUGUGGGAAGAAUUAAACACUUUGAACACGAAGAGCAUAUGCACAUGUACAUGUACUUGUGGUGCCAAGGAUAGUAUGCACAAGUCAGAACAGGAUAGACGAUUGAUACAAUUCCUCAUGGGAUUAAAUGAAGUUUACACUGUGAUUAGAGGCAACAUACUCAUGAUGAGUCCUCUUCCUUCUACUGCACAAGCCUUCUCUCUGUUGAUUCAAGAGGAAAAACAAAGAGAAUACAGGCCUACCAGUCGUACACCUAUGGAGUCAAUCUCACUAAAUGCAAAUGCUGGCAGAGGAUCACAAGGUGGGAGAGGAUAUAGAACUAGUUUCUCAAGUAAUAGUGAAUUGAGUAACAAUAGUAACAGAAGUGCUUUGAUUUGUGAUUUCUGUAAGAAACAAGGUCACAUUAAGGAGAAGUGUUAUAAACUACAUGGAUACCCUCCAAAGAAUAAUGCUCUUAAUAAUAGAACAAACAAUCCACAACAGUUCAAUACACAACAGUUCAGGCAGAACAAGAAUCAAAACUUCAGAGGAAGAAGGAUUGUGGCAAAUGCACAUGGGGAAGAAUGCUCACAAGAAAACAGUAAUUCAAAUGCUGUCAUUACACAAGAACAAUAUGGUCACAUUAUGAGCUUGUUACAGCAGUUUCAGAUUGAUAGUUCAGGAGAGGAUUCCAAGAAUAAUGCUGAAUCUAACAAGUUUGCAGGCCCCUUCAGUGAAGAGGCCUCAGGCAAUUGGUAGUAGCAAGGAUGGCAUUUACUACAUGUGUGGAAGAUGCUUGAAAAAUACUACUCAAUCCACUGAUCUUGUUUGUAGUUGUAUACCUCAUGUUUGUAGGAGUAUUCCUUUUCUAAGUACAGUUUGUAAUGAUUCAUUUGUGGAAAAUUCCAGUUAACUUCCUGUAAUGUCUGUUUGUUCAUCUACUGAAAAUACAAAUAUGUUGAAUAACUGUGCAUCUCUUGAAUCUCUUAAGGAUGAUGUGGAUUUACUGUGGCAUAACAGACUUGGCCAUGUACCCUUUGUGAAGAUGAAAAACAUGCCUACCAUUCCUGUUAAGUUUUCUGCUAGACAGCCCUUUACUUGCACUAUAUGUCCAAUGGCAAGACAAACCAGACUACCAUUCACUCACAGUACAACUAAUUCUAAGAGUAUUUUUGACCUUCUUCAUAUUGAUUUAUGGGGUCCUUACCAUGUUCCUACACAUGACAAUUGUAGAUAUUUCAUUACCCUUGUAGAUGACUAUAGUAGAGCUACCUGGACAUAUUUGUUAAGCACCAAAAGUAAUGCCAUACAGGUUCUUCAAACCUUUAUCAAUAUGAUAGAAAACCAGUUUCAAACAACUGUAAAGUGUAUCAGAUCAGACAAUGGGUUAGAAUUCAACAACAAUGAAACACUUAGGUUCUUUCAAGCCAAAGGCAUUACACAUCAGAAAAGUUGUCCUUAUACUCCACAGCAAAAUAGCACAGUGGAGAGAAAACACAUAUACUUGCUUGAAACAGCUAGAGCACUGCUUUUCCAAUCCAAGUUACCUACUAAGUACUGGGGUGAUUGCAUUCUUACUUCUACAUACCUUAUUAACAGGCUUCCAUCCACAUUUCUACAAAAUAAGUGUCCUUAUGAGAUGUUGUAUAAAGAAAAACCAAAAUAUAGUCAAUUAAGAUCCCUUGGAUGUCUAUGUUAUCCCACAUUACCUAAAGUUCACAGAGACAAACUAGAACCAAGAACCACCCCUCAUAUCUUUAUAGGAUAUCCAUCUGGAAUCAAAGGGUACAAGGUAAUGAGUCUUGCCACAAGGAAAAUACAAAUCUCAAGAGAUGUAAUUUUUCAUGAAGAUAUUUUUCCAUUUUCUUUCUCUUCAGAUAAUAGCAAUUUUUUCUCUGUUCCAAAGACUUGUUCUACUGAUUUGUCUGAAUCUUGUGAUGCAUUGUUAAACAAUCAUUUAGAUGUAAUUGAUGAUCAUUCAACUCUGUCUCUCAAUCCUCAGCCUAUACAUCCAUCACCACCUAUACAAACUGAAGUACCAAUCCCACCUAUACCACAGAGAAAAUCCAA